AUGGCGCCACUACCCGUGAUCAACCUCGAGCCAAGCGAGGUGAAGGAGAUCUUCUGGACGAAGGUGAAGGAACCGCAGUCACAGCGAAAACUGAUCCUGGUGAUCGUCUCCAUCGCGCUCCUGCUAGACAACAUGCUGUACAUGGUGAUCGUGCCGAUCAUUCCGGAUUACCUACGAUACAUAGGCACCUGGGGUCCGGAGGAGCCGUACAACACUAGCGCACCAACGACAGUCUUCACACCACACACACACGCCCAUCACGGCCAGGAUACGGCCACCGGUAUCCUGUUCGCGUCGAAGGCGAUCGUGCAGCUGAUGGUGAACCCGUUCUCAGGUGCGCUGAUCGAUCGAAUCGGCUAUGAUCUCCCGAUGAUGGUUGGACUGAUCAUCAUGUUCCUUUCGACCAUGGUGUUCGCGUGCGGUCGAAGCUACAGCAUGCUCUUCUUCGCCCGAUCUCUGCAGGGUGUCGGAUCAGCAUUCGCCGAUACUUCCGGGCUGGCUAUGAUCGCUGAUCGUUUCACCGAGGAAGCGGAGCGUACCAAGGCACUCGGCAUUGCGUUGGCGUUUAUCAGCUUCGGCUGCCUGGUGGCGCCACCGUUCGGCGGGGCGCUGUACCAGUUCGCCGGCAAGGAGGUCCCGUUCGUUAUCCUGGCAUUGAUUUCCCUUAUGGACGGUUUCAUGUUGCUACUGGUGAUGAAACCGAUCAAGGAAACGUUGGCCGAACGGCAUGAAGUGAAACCACCGUCCGUUCCCAUCUGGCGCCUGCUCAUGGAUCCGUACAUCGCUGUGUGCGCUGGUGCGCUGAUGAUGUCCAACGUCGCACUGGCGUUCCUUGAACCGACGAUCUCACUCUGGAUGGAGGACAACCUCACUACCGACAACUGGAAGAUCGGUAUGGUGUGGUUACCGGCGUUCUUCCCACACGUUCUCGGUGUCGUCAUCACGGUCAAGAUGGCCCGCCAGUACCCGGAGAAGCAGUGGGUGAUGGCGGCCGGUGGACUUGCCCUCGAAGGUCUCUGCUGCUUCAUCAUCCCCUUCAGCUCGUCCUACAUCAUGCUCAUGAUCCCUAUCUGCGGCAUUUGCUUCGGCAUUGCGCUGAUCGACACCGCGCUUCUACCAACGCUCGGUUACCUGGUGGACAUCCGGUACGUGUCUGUGUAUGGUAGUAUUUACGCCAUCGCCGACAUCUCCUACUCGAUGGCAUAUGCCGUUGGGCCGAUCAUUGCCGGAGGCGUCGUCGAGGCGAUUGGGUUCACCGCACUCAACUUCCUGAUCGCCUUCUCGAACCUGCUGUACGCGCCGGUGUUAUACUACUUGCGCAACAUCUACGACUUCAAGCACUUCGAGAACGAGGCCAACAUUUUGAUGGGUGAUCCACCGACGAAAGAGUAUCAGACGUACACCAUGCACGACCAGCAGGUCGUCGGCGAGGAGUACAAGAACCACCUAGAGUAUGGCCGCCAGACCGACGAGGGUAGCUAUCAGCAGGAAACCAACAUCGAUCAAGGCUACUCGCAGAAUGGCAGCUAUCAGCAGCAACAGGGUGGAUAUCAAAACUAUCAACCUGGAUAUCAGGAACAGGGUGGUGGUGCCUAUCAGCAGCAGCAACAGCAGCAACAAGGGCCACGACAUCUUCCUCAGCAACCUCCACCGGUGGCUAAUCCAUUCCGCCACGGAGAGUCGUCGGGGCAGCAACAGCAGCAGCAACAGCCUGCGCCAUCGCAGCCAAGGAUCUCGAAUCCUUUCCGACAAGGCUUUUAA